AUGUCGUACCACGACGACGACGAUUAUGAUGGCUACUCCAAUGACUAUGAUCUCCACACCGGUGACCCCAAAGCAGACAUGGCUUUCGAGCGGCAGUAUGAGCAGCAGACCUACCACGUCAUCCCAGAGGUCAUCAAGAAUUUCCUUCAAUACUUCCACAAAACCAUCUCGGACUUGAUCGACCAGAAGGUCUACGAGCUGCAGUCCAACCGCGUGUCCAGCGAGAGUAUUGAACAGAAGAUCUAUGAGAUCCAAGAUGUCUAUGAAAACAGUUGGAACAAACUGACCGACCGAUUCUUUAAGACGUCUCCUUGGCCGGAGGCGGAGUCCAUUUCGUCACUUGUUGGCAACGAUGCCGUCUUCCUCAUUCUCUAUAAGGAACUUUACUACAGACACAUCUAUGCUAAAGUCAGCGGGGGACCCACUUUAGACCAGAGAUUUGAGUCCUACUACAAUUACUGCAACCUCUUCAACUACAUUCUGAAUGCUAAUGGCCCCGCCCCCUUGGAGCUACCCAACCAAUGGCUUUGGGACAUCAUUGAUGAAUUUAUCUACCAGUUCCAGUCAUUCAGUCAGUACCGCUGCAAAACUGCCAAGAAACCAGAACAUGAGAUCGAGUUCCUGCGAAGCAACCCAAAGAUCUGGAACGUCCACAGUGUUCUGAAUGUGCUCCAUUCCCUUGUGGAUAAAAGUAACAUCAACCGUCAGCUUGAAGUCUAUACCAGCGGAGGGGACCCCGAAAGUGUGGCGGGCGAGUAUGGUCGCCACUCGCUCUACAAGAUGUUGGGCUACUUCAGCCUGGUUGGGCUGCUGAGGCUACACUCCCUACUUGGAGAUUACUACCAGGCUAUUAAAGUAUUGGAGAAUAUUGAGCUUAACAAGAAGAGCAUGUACUCGCGUGUGCCCGAGUGUCAGAUCACCACCUAUUACUACGUGGGCUUCGCCUAUCUGAUGAUGAGACGUUACCAGGAUGCCAUUCGAGUGUUUGCCAACAUUCUGCUCUACAUUCAAAGGACGAGAAACAUGUUCCAGAGGUCAACGUAUAAAUACGAGAUGAUCAACAAACAGAACGAGCAGAUGCACGGCCUGCUUGCCAUCGCGCUCACCAUGUACCCGAUGCGCAUCGACGAGAGCAUCCACACCCAGCUGAGGGACAAGUACGGAGACAAGAUGCUUCGCAUGCAGAAAGGAGACCUACAAGUGUUUGAGGAGUUGUUCAGCUUCGCCCGCCCCAAGUUCUUGUCUCCGGUGGUGCCCAACUAUGACAAUGUCAACCCCAACUACCACAAGGAGCCCUUCCAGCAGCAGCUUAAGGUCUUUGCAGAGGAAGUCCAGCAACAGGCUCAGCUCUCCACCAUCCGCAGUUUCCUGAAGUUGUACACCACGAUGCCGGUGGCCAAGCUGGCAGGGUUCCUGGACAUGACCGAGCAAGACUUUCGGAUUCAGCUACUCGUGUUCAAGCACAAGAUGAAGAACUUGGUGUGGACCAGCGGCAUCUCAGCUCUGGAUGGAGAGUUCCAAUCGGCUUCUGAGGUCGACUUUUAUAUCGACAAGGACAUGAUCCACAUCGCGGACACCAAAGUGGCACGUCGAUACGGAGACUUUUUCAUCCGACAGAUUCACAAGUUUGAGGAGUUGAAUCGAACACUCAAAAAGGCGCCAGCGAGCGGCACCACGACAACGUCUGGAAGCGCCACGAGCCGAUGA